UUCUCCCUCUGCAGUGGAUGACUCGGCCAACCUGCCUCCCUCCCCUCCCCCCUCUCCAUCCGCUGAGCAGACUGGGCCUGUGGCACAAGUUCUGCACGCUAUCUUAGAUGCUGUGACCUCCCCUUGUGCUGUUGUGGCCUGGCACAAAAUACACUGUGCUGUGUGUUUUGCUUGAUGGAGAGUAUCUAUGUGCUGAAAACCUCAGCUUGACUGUAUGGGCUAGCUUUUGUGGAUGCUGCAAAUAAAGCAUUUCGCUAACAUGAGUCAGCCCAGAGUUCUACAGCAUCCUUCAAACUCACAGCCCAGCCAGCAGAGAACAAAACAUCAUGUGAGUCAGAGGUGCAAGAAGACGAAUAUCCUGUCACGUCUGAAGAAGAACCUGCCCUCAGUAAACUUCCACUACCCGAUACGUCAGAGAAGGAUCCCUCGGAAGAUUCCUCAGUUAAACAGAAUAAACCAGACAGAGGAGAUUUAAUGGAAGAACCCACUGAUGGCUGCAAGCCUUUGGAAUCUAAAGUCAAGGACCAUAAAGAUGUUUCACCGACAGGAGAUGUGUCAAGUCUUAAGACAGAAGAUAAUGCUGAAGUUAUGUUACCUGAGAAAUCACAAAUACCUUUGAGUGAAAGCACUGAACAAAUGAAGAAAAUAGAAGCAACAAGUCAUGGCAACCAGGACAGCAGCAUUUCUAAAGUUGGGCUAGGUCAUGAAACAGUCCCGUUAAAAGAAGGAUUAGAUGAAGGCCAAUGUUGUGGAUCAAAAAGCUACUUUGAGACAACGUCAAAAAGCCAAGAACAGGGAUUGUCACAAAGCUAUUAUGAACUCAGUUUAACCUCAGAGAAAAUGUUAGGUGUAGAGUUUGAGAAAGCUGCGGAUAAAUUUGAAGAACAGGAGAAGGAAGAAGUGAGGACACCGCCUGGUAAAGCAUUAUCAGAGCAACGGAGACUGUCCUUGAACAUUCCUAGAGAGUCUUCAAGAGAAACAACUAUAAAGGUAGACAAGUCAAGAAGAUUCUCUGAAACAUUGUGUCCAAUAAGUGGAAGCUUUGAUGGGUCAGAAGUUCCUCCAUUAACACCAUUUGUUGAGACCCACACUUUGCCCUUUCCACCUGUUGUCUCCAUUACACCAACACCUGCACCACCUGAUGGCGUCCAAACAAGGGAAGAAGUUCAUGCUGAGGAGCACGAGUCUGGCUCUGAACAAUCAGAAAGCCUCUCUGAGAUGUUGGACUUGGCUGGUGUCCCACUUCGUCCAUCAAUCCAGAUGAAGGAUCAUAUGAGACGAAAAUCAAUGCCAACCAGUGCACUCCUUGGUAAUGCUUUUGGCAAGCUUGGUUUGUCAGAGCAAAUCUUGACAGAGGUGGCAGGGGAGAAUCAACAGGAGGACCUUGGCUACUGUGUGUUCAGUGAGUGUUCAGCUCCCUUGCCUUCUCCUGCUGAUGUACCAAGUCCUGUGGAUUCUCAACACCAGCAUUUCCCUUCUUUGGGUUCUGAAGAGGAGGAUCCUAGAGUUUCUGAAACUGAAGGUGGACAACUUCAAAUGCAACAAAAAGAUGAGAGUGAAAUUACCCAGAUUUGUCAAAAACCUCUGUUGGAAAAUAAAGAUCCACCAGUGAAGACCUCCAUGAUUCUUGAGAAAGCUGUGACUAGUGGAUUAAAACCAGAUCGCUUACGAAUCCCAAUGACAGCUUCAAAAGACCGCCUUACUGAACUUCGUCUGGAGACUGGCUUACCUGGGGACAUAAAAAUCCAGGCAAUCCCUGAGGUUGAUGUUGAAAAAGACCCCUCUAGAGAAGCCUCACCCAUCCCACCAGACAGCUCCUUCACUUUCACCCCUGCAGAAACUGGAAGUAGAGUUACUCUGAGUCCUACCAAGCCCAAGUCCCCAGCUGAAGGAACCGCAGAAACACAAGGUGGAGAAAGGCUGGGGAAAGACGAUGAACCCAACAACGCUUCAGAAUCCAAGACAGCUGAUGUAGAACUGGAGGAAAACAAAAAGAUAACUGUUGUUGAAGAUCACCAAGAAAAAGCUGGUGAAGCAGAUAUAAACACAACAGCUAUGUCAACAGAACCUUUGCAAGCUAGCACGGAACUAAAACCAAGCUUAGGAGAAAUAGAUACACACAUACUCUCAGAAAUGACACAGCAUUUAAGCAUAGAAAAGCCAGCAUGUGAGAAGAAUCCCCAAAUCCAAAUACCAGAGGUAACUCUAACUAAAGAAUCAGCAAAGCCACAAACAUCUUCCCCAAUCAUUGUAAUACCUCAAGCACAAGUAGAUGAGGAAGUCGAAGAAGAGGAUGACAUUGAGAUUGCGGAAGAGCCCCAAGAGAUUAUAGAAGAACCUGAGGAGAUUGUGCAUUCCACGAUAAAUAUAACAGAGGAAAGUAUACCUGAUGUACCGGAAAUAGAGGAGCAAAAGAAGGACCAAAUGAGACUGAUGGUUUGUGAUAAGAUGGCGGACGACGAUCCCAAGUCUGGAGCUGAAGAAUGGAGCCAUAGUGCCCUAAACAGUGAUGAAGGGGAGCUUGCUACAGACAGUUCACACUUGUCUCCGUGUUCUGACCAUGACCUUCCACAGCAGUCUGAGGAAGGUGACGAAGAAGGAAACAAGAAAGAAGGCUUACAGGUAGUUAAGCUAGAAGGGACAGAAGAAGAGAAUCAAGGGGACAAGAAAGACAAAGCAUUGCAAGAGGAUGUGGAAAGAGUUGAUUCUGAUGUGAUAGGUAAUGGAAAAGAGAAAAAAGUCAAGAUUGAAGAAGAUAGCACCAAAAGUAGAGAUAUAGAGAUUGGUGAAGAAGACACCAGUUUUGCAACUAACGAUGAAACCACAGUGGAUGUGUCUAUCCUGGAUACAGACAGUGGCUGGAUGGACCCUCAAGAUGAUGACAAAAGUAUAAUGACUGAGCAAAUCGAAGCCCUUCCUCAGACCCAGAGAUCUACCGCUGCAUCUACGGUGGUGGACUGCCCUGCUAAACGGCUCCCCGGCAAAGGAAGGGGGCGCCUUGGCACUGCUGAAUGUAAAGUGACACGCAAAGCACCAACCUACCAUCCGCCAAAAGAGGAGAUAAGAAAGAAAAAAGUAGGCGUGAGGAGGGCUGACCAGAGUAAGGUGUCAGCCCUCCAAAGUCGCUCUCCAUCUCGAAAGAGUGGAGCCAAAGUGGCGGCCAGACAUCCUAGGCCCGCUCUGCUUCACGGCUCUGCUAGGCACAAGGCCACAGGUAUGGCCCACCAUCAGCCCCUCAGCGUGGCCCAACCGUCCAGGGAGAGGCCCACUUCGCAACAGAGAAAAUCUAGCCCCACGAGGGCCGUUCUGUUAAAGAUGGCAGUGCAGCGCGGUGGGGGGGCAGAUCAGCGCUCCCCCCGGCCGGGCUCUGCCUGCAGCCUUAAACGGAGCCCCCUUGUGGAGGCGGUGAUAUGCCAGGCUCGCCCCUCCUCUGCCUGCUCCCGCCCACCCCCUUCACCAAAUAAAUGGGAGAGAACAUACCGCAGCCCCGAGAAGAGGUCAUCCCUCCCCAGGCCAGCCAAGUCUCUGACUCGCCACAUUCCUGCUGCGGAACAAGAGGACAGUACCCCCUCCAGGCCAACCUCAAUCCGAACAGACUCCAGAGGAGACAGCAGGUCUGGAAGAGCCCCUAGUAUGCCAGGCCAUGAUUCAGCCCGGUCCCGGUCGGCCCGAAGCGGUGCCUCCACCCCGGGCUCUGCUGUCACACCCGGCACUCCACCCAGCUACUCUUGCCGCACCCCAGGCUCACGCACCCCCGGCAGCCACACGCCCAAGUCCUUCAGCGUCCUCCAGGAGAAGAAGGUGGCAGUGAUUCGCACCCCACCAAAGUCCCCUUCAUCGGUUCAGCGGCAGCUGAAGGUCAUCAACCAGCCCUUGCCUGACCUGAAGAAUGUAAAGUCCAAGGUUGGGUCCACAGCCAAUCUCAAGCAUCAGCCGAAAGGAGGACAGGUUCAUAUUUUAAGUGAGAAGCUGGACUUCACUCAUGUUCAGGCAAAGUGCGGCUCCAAGGAUAAUCUGAAGCACUCGCCAAAGGGAGGCAAUGUCAUGAUUCCAAGCGUUAAGCUGGACUUUAGCCACGUUCAGUCUAAAUGUGGCUCCCUGGAUAAAGUGCACCACACAGCGGGCGGGGGAAACAUUCACAUCCAGACCAAGAAGAUUGAUUUGAGCCAUGUCACCGCCAAAUGUGGUUCCAUGUCCAACAUCCAUCACAGACCAGGGGGAGGACAUGUCCGUAUAGAGAACGUGAAGCUGGAUUUCAAAGAUAAGGCCCAUGCCAAGGUCGGCUCCCUGGAUAAUGCCAGCCACAUGCCCGGAGGGGGGAAUAUCAUGAUCGAGAGCCACAAACUGAGCUUCCGGGAAACAGCCAAAGCCCGCGUGGACCAUGGUGCAGAGAUCAUAGUCACCCACUCCCCCGGGGUUGAGACAGGAGGCACCUCUCCUCGCCUGUCCUCCGCCGGCAGCAUCAACAUGGAGUCGCCACAGCUGUCCACGCUGGCGCAGGACGUCACUGCUGCCCUGGCCAAGCAGGGCUUAUGAGCUUUCAGACCCCUUCAGAACAAAUCUGCGCUAUUACUCCCUCCUCUCAUCAUUGUCGCUCCCUCAUGGACACCCGGUGUUGUCCCCUCAGUGAAACAUGACCCCAGAACACAUAACCUCAAGAGCUGUAAUUGAUCGCCUGUGUCGCUCAUCCAGAUUUUAAAGACUGAAUUCUGCCGUCUUUAAAAAGGGAAACCUUUCAGUUCUUCACUUCUCCGCUCAAAUGUGGACGUUUCGGAUUUGCUAGGCUGAAGGCUUAAGUGGUUGCGAUUGUGUCAGUAAGCGGUUUUUACGAUUGUAUGAUGAAUUUUGAACAGCACCACUACAGCCCUCCUGAAUUUAUACGGUACUGAAUGCAAUUUAUUGCUACUAGAUGAUUAAUGUUGUCUUAAAUGAUAUAAAUGUAUGAGAGACUUACGGAAAAAAUGCGAAAGAGUGGCUGACAAAUGGGCAUGUCUGCUGAAAUGUGACAUGAGUUUGUCCUUGUUUGUAUGUUUGAUUGUAGUGUUUUUCUUGCUAUAUUUUCUUUUUUACAUAAAUGUUACUGUAGUGUUAUAGUUUUGUACAUUCCCCGUCGCUGCUCUGGCUUAUUGGCAUUUAUUUACCACGGCAGUUGUCUAAAAGGUCGAACAAUGAACAGCUAGCUUUCCUAUAUUUUUUUUGUUGUUUAUAUUGCUGUUUGUUUGUUUUUUCCACCCUAAAAGCUGCCUGUUUACUUUCAUUUUUAUAUUUGCGCUGUAGUUUUGCAAGGUUAUACAAUACUGUUGUGCUGGCAUAGCAAAAA